AUGGUGCGCAAGUUGAAGCAUCACGAGCAGAAGCUCCUCAAAAAGGUCGACUUCACGACCUACAAGUCCGACAAUGACCACCGUGCAGCGACCGUCGCACGGCGAUACAUGAUCCAAAAACCGGAGGACUAUCAUAAGUACAAUGCGAUAUGCGCUUCUAUGCGGAAGCUCGCGCACCGCCUCAGUCUUCUCCCGCCGGAAAAUACCGUGCGACAAAAAUACGAGAAGCUCCUCCUGGACAAAGGAUACGACGUGGGCGUUCUCUCGACCACCUCCAAGCUCUCAGCAGUUGAGCACGGCGCUACAGUGUCGGCUUUCGCGAGGAGGCGACUACCCGUGGUGAUGACCCGGCUACGGAUGGCGGAGACGAUCCAAGCGGCCACGAAAUUCAUCGAGCAGGGACACGUACGUGUGGGAACGGAGACAGUCACGGAUCCGGCGUUUUUGGUUACCCGAUCUAUGGAGGACUUUGUGACAUGGACGGUCGGCAGCAAGAUCAAGCGGAAUAUCAUGAAGUACCGGGAUAAGCUGGAUGACUUUGAGUUGCUAUGA